AAAACAAUCGAAAUUCUGCUGAUGCCUGUUGUGUUGUUGCUUUAAAUUUUGUUUUCGAGAAGAUUCUGUACUAUAAUUAUGGCUGAAAGUGUCCCAGGAAAUUCUACAGAAGAAGAGACAUUGAAACACCUCUUCGACGAUGCUAUGAAACUGUACGAUACUAUAGAAAAUGGAAAAGAAUCUACAAACAGCGAUGCAGUUCAGAUGAGUAUCAAAAAUGCAAUAUCAAAGUUCGAAAAGGUGACAGACCUUGUCUCUUAUUCUGGAAUGUUCAGUAGUAAUGAGAGUCUUGAAGAGCUGCCAACAGAGACGCUUCAGUAUCUCCUUCUGCCUGCGUUGCUUGGCACACUUACGUUGAAGCUGUGUGGACGGCCAAGGAAGGAUAUCAUUCAUGUUGCUGAGAUUUAUUUCAAAGACUUUCUACAAAGAUGUAAGGACUAUGGAGUAACAGAUGUAGAGAUACCCCAAGGAGACAGCCAAUCGCAGAACAGAGAGUGCCCACUGACUGAACAAGCCAAGAUUGCCAGCAUGGUCCUUACAAGAGAUGCCAAAAUCAAACGCUACAAGCAAGCUAAAGAACUAAAAGAUAAAUUAAGCAACCUGUCUACAGCAAUGGCUUUGCCAAAUGUUGACGAGGAAACAAAACGAGAUUACUUUGUAACUUUGCUGUUGUGUUACAUCAACCAGGCACUCGAUGAGCUUGCUAGCAUUGAUCAGGAGAAACCUAUUUUGGAAUAUAUGGAAAAACAGACUGGACCAAAGAAACCAAAACAAGACCGCCACAUACAGCCUCUUAAGCCAGUGAUAAUAACUCGAGAUGCAGUACAAAAAGCAGUAUACGGACUUGGUUACCCCUCUAUCCCCACAAUGACCAUCGAGGAGUUCUACGACAAUAGAGUUAAGGAGGGGUUGUUCCCUGGAUCGUGUACAUCCAUUCCUCAUCAAACUAUACACAGUUCUGAGGACGAUCCGGACGACGUCGAGAAUAUAAGAAAGGAAGAAAGAAUUGAAAAAGAUGACCCCGAAGAGUUGGCACGACAACGGAAUAUGGAUGAAUACAAGGACGAGCAUCGCCGCGGGUGGGGCAACCGGUAUAACAGAAGUUAAAAACCUGCCUCGUAUUAUUUAUUACAAUUGUCAGUGGGAUAGUUCGCAAUGUCAUUUUUAACCGACUUUGAAAAAGGGAGGAGGUUAUCCAUUGUUUUUUUUGUGUGUGUUGUACUCCGACAUUUAUAAUAUAACUAUAUAACAUAGAUAACAGCCUCCGUGGCCGAAUGGUUACCAUGUCCCGGGUUCGAUUCCCGGGCCGAGAGAAAUAUUUGUUUGGCCUACGUUUAUGUCUGCACCUUCCUGACUAUACUCUGGAAGAUGCAGUUGUUAUUAACUAAAAAUUAAUCCAGUCCAUGGCACCCGCGAUACAGGGUUUCCCUAGUGCGGGACUAUGAGUGUGUGCGACUUAUUAUUAUUAUUUGUGAACCGAGGAUUUCGAGGAUUCUUUUUUUAUU